CUCCACUGUCAGGGCACGGCACUCUGACAGUAUGGCGGCGGGGUGCAGCUGGAAGGAUGCUACUGUCGCCCGUGAUGUGUCUGUCGCCGGUAGGACGUGAAUGGACUAUUGACGGCAGAGAGAGCGGAGGAUACAGCGAGAAAGGCCUGUCGCCGUGAGCUCCAAAGAUGGCCAGGCUCGCCGACUACUUUGUGGUUGUCGGCUACGACCUCGACAAGCGAGUGGAAGGUGAAGGUCAAGGUCGCAUUCUCCAGCGGUUUCCUGAGAAAGACUGGGAGGACAGCCCAUUCCCACAAGGCAUUGAGCUGUUCUGUCAGCCCAGCCGUUGGCAGCUGGUUCCUGAGCGGCAGCCCACCUCCUUCUUUGUAGCGGUUUUGACGGACAUCAACUCAGAGCGUCACUACUGUGCCUGCUUCACCUUUUGGGAGGGCCUGGACAAUCCGCAGCUGCAGAAGGCUGAGACCAGUGAGGCAGAUGAGGUAGACGAUGAGCUGUCUGUCGUCCAGUCAGCGAAGGUCUUUGCGCCAAAGAGUCUGGUGCUGGUGUCCCGACUGGAUUACACCGAGGUGUUCAGGAACUGUCUGGGUCUGGUCUACACCAUCUACGUAGAUGGCCUGACUGUGCCUUUGGAAACAGUGGUCGGAAAUCUCCUCACUUGUAUCAUCCCCAUCGCUGGAGGUUCCCAGAUAGAUGAGUCUCCAGUAUGUAGUUUAGAAAAGGUUCCUCAGGCUCUGGCCUGUGACUGGCUGCUGGCCUGUCUCCAGCCGGGCCAAGAGGAGAGAGAGGAGAGUUUGAGGACUAUAACAUUAGGUGCGGGCGACCGGCAAGUCAUCCAGACUCCCAUCAGUGACUCACUUCCUAUCAGCGGGAGUACUGUGGCCCAGCUCUUCAGACAGCUUGGUAUAGUCAAUGUAUUGUAUCUGUUCUGUGCCGCCCUGACGGAACACAAGAUCCUCUUCCUGUCCAGCAGUUAUCAGAGACUAACGGACGCCUGCCGGGGACUUCUGGCCAUCAUGUUCCCCCUCAAAUACAGCUUCACCUACAUUCCCAUCCUACCAGGAAAACUGCUAGAGGUGCUGAGCACUCCCACUCCCUUCAUCAUCGGUGUCAAUUCAUUCUUCCGCUCCGAAACACAAGAACUGUUGGACGUGAUUAUCGCCGACCUGGAUGGUGGCACGGUGACCACCCCAGAGUGUGUCAACAUCUCCCUGCUGCCUGAACCACUCCUUCAGCAGACCCAGACUGCGCUGUCCAUGAUUUUGGAUCCAGAGCUGGAAAUUGCUGAUCAUGCCUUCCCACCACUAUCCACACAACCUUCUGCACUUAAAAUACAGGAUAAGGAGAUCCGAGCAGUUUUCCUGUGGCUGUUCGCCAGGCUCUUCCAGGGAUAUCGCUGGUGUCUGCACAUCAUCCGCAUUCACCCAGAACCAGUGAUCCGCUUCCACAAGGCUGCCUUCCUGGGCCAGAGGGCGCUGACAGAAGAUGACUUCCUCAUGAAGUUGUUAGACGGCAUGGCGUUUGCGGGUUUUGUGUCGGAGAGGGGGCAACCGUACAGAGCCACAGACCUAUUUGAUGAUCUGGUAGCCAAUCAGGUGGAGCGGAUACGACAUGAGGAGGCGUGUCCACACAAAGUCAUGAACCACGUCAAGGAGCUGGCUGAGCAGCUCUUCAAAAACGAGAAUCCUUACCCUGCUGUGGCGAUGCACAAAGUCCAGCGGCCAUCAGAAAACAGGCAGAACACUGCACUGGUUCAGACUCUCUUCCCUGUGCUGGACGAGGUUGCGGUGCAGCUCUUCAUCGACCAUGCUGCCGCCAAGCUCCAGACCGCACCUCCCGUGGUCAAGGUGGAGCAGAAAGGCAUGGUGCCAUCUGGGCCUGCACUGGGAGACGUAGUGGACAGAAACAGUAACGUGAUGGCUAACAGCGCCCGCAGGCUGGAGGUGGUCAGGAACUGCAUCACAUACAUCUUUGAGAACAAGAUGCUGGAGGCAAAGAAGCUCAUGCCAGCUGUACUGCGUGCGUUAAAGGGUCGAGCAGCCCGGGUUUGUUUGACCCAGGAGCUCAAUCAGCAUGUCCUACAGAACCGAGCUGUGCUGGACGACCAGCAGUUUGACUACAUCGUCCGCAUGAUGAACUGCACCUUACAGGACUGUUCACAUAUGGAUGAACACGGCAUUGCAGCCGCCCUGCUUCCAUUGGUCUCAGCUUUCUGCAGAAAACUAGGCGCAGGCAUCACUCAGUUUGCCUACAGCUGUGUACAGGAGCACACGGUAUGGACCAACAUGCAGUUCUGGGAGGCCAUGUUCUACAGUGAUGUCCAGAACCACAUCAGGGCUCUAUACCUGGAGACAGACGAUGGAGACGAGCAGAAGAACUCUGAGACGCAGGAUGGCUCAGGGAGUGGUAGGAAAAUCAGUGCGCUGGAGCUGGCGUCGGAACAGAACAGACUGUGGCCGACGCUUGGCAAGGAAAUGCAGACGGAGCGCGUGCAGAAGGAGGAGAGCACGGUGUUUAGCCAGGCCAUCCACUAUGCCAACAGGAUGAGCUACCUGCUGCUGCCACUGGACACCAGCAAGAACCGCCUGCUGAGGAACACGGGCCUGGGAGAUGUGGAAAGUGUGAGCAACAGCUACGUCACAAACAGUAUUGCAGGCAGCAUGGCGGAGAGCUACGACACAGAGAGCGGCUUUGAAGAUGCUGAGAGCUCAGACGUAGCUAACUCUGUGGUGCGCUUCAUCAACCGCUUUGUUGACAAAGUUUGUAAUGAGAGCGGUGUGACCAAUGAGCACCUUAAGGCUCUCCAUACCAUGAUACCAGAUAUCGUUCAGAUGCACAUUGAGACGUUGGACGCAGUCCACAGGGAGAGUAAGAGACUGCCUCCAAUCCAAAAGCCAAAGCUCCUGAGGCCGACUCUGUUGCUGGGAGAGGAGCUGGUGAUGGAUGGCAUGCGGGUCCAUCUGAUUCCAGACGGUCGUGAGGAGGCCACAGGGCUUAUGGGAGGUCCGCCACUGCUCCCCGCAGAGGGCGCCAUCUUCCUCACUACCUAUCGACUCAUCUUCAAGGGCACGCCUACAGACCCACUAGUGGGUGAGCAGGUGAUCACUCGCUCAUUCCCAAUAGCCUCUCUGACCAAGGAGAAGAGGAUCUCAGUCAAUUUAUCCAUUGACCAGUUUGUCCAGGAGGGGCUGCAGUUACGCUCCUGCACCUUCCAGCUCAUGAAGAUUGCGUUUGAUGAGGAGGUUGCAUCAGACCUGGCAGAGGUUUUCAGGAAGCACUUACACAAGCUGCGGUAUCCUCAGCACGUCCAGGGCACCUUUGCCUUCACUGUGGGUCAGAGUGGAAAAAUGGUGGUGGAGCACAAGACCAAGGACAAGAACCAGUCGCUUAAGACACUUUCCAAGAACCUGGUGAAGACUGCCAAAAGGACCAUAGGUCGGCAGUAUGUGACCAGGAAGAAGUAUUCUCCACCCACAUGGGAGAACAGGAGCAGUUUUCAGUCAGAGUUGGAUGAGGAUGAAAUCUCAGUGUCAGAGGAGGUGGACCAGCAGAGCUCCCUCACCCUCUCCUCCACCAUCCGCUCAUCCGACAGACAAACCAUGAGCAACGUGGUGGAGCGCGCAUGCUGUCGUGACUACCAGCGCCUGGGUCUGGGCACGCUCAGUAAUAGCCUGACGCGUUCCAAGAACGAGCCCUUCAGGAUUUCCACCGUCAACCGCAUGUACACUGUCUGCAGGAGUUACCCUGGCCUACUGAUAGUGCCUCAGAGCAUCCCAGACACAACCAUCCAGAGAAUCAGUCGGUGCUACCGACAGAAUCGCUUCCCAGUGGUUUGCUGGAGGAAUUCAAGAACCAAGGCCGUCCUCCUGCGCUCCGCAGGCCUCCACGCCAAGGGUGUCGUAGGCUUCUUCAAGUCCCCCAACGCCCCCACUGCAGUGCCCUCACAGGCAGAGUCCACCAGUCUGGAGCAGGAGAAAUACAUGCAGGCCAUCAUCAGCUCCAUGCCGUCAUACAGUGAGAGCAGUGGCAGGAACACACUCAGCGGCUUCACCUCCACACACAUGAACACUUCUGACUCAUCAGAUAAGCUGAGGCAGCCAAAGAUUGGUGCUCUGAUGAAACAGGUGAUGGGCACCAAGGAGGAUGUUCCUGGAACCUUCAGCAGAGGAGCUCUGGGUCAAAGGGCGAAAGUCAUCUCCCUCUCUCAGCCCAAAGUGUCUGGCAAGGCCAGGAAUCCUCCCAGAGGGAAAUGGGGCAGUAUCCGAGGCACCGGGCGUCUAAGUGCAUACAACCCAGAUGUGGGGACGCGUCUGGCUGCAAAAGAGUCUCCUCAGGCUAAUGGAGGCCCCAGUGAGGCGUUGUUCCUCCGCCAGCAGAAGGCCUACCUCUACAUCAUCGGAGACAAGGCCCAGCUCAAGGGAGGGAAACAGGACUCGUUCCAGCAGUGGGAGGUGGUUCCCAUCGAGGUGUGUGAUGUGCGGCAGGUGAAGAACAGCUUUAAAAAGCUGAUGAAGGCCUGCGUGCCAAGCUGCCAACCCACUGACGCCAGCAUGACCUACCUACGAUUCCUGGAGGACUCCGAGUGGAUGUCUCUGCUGCACAGGGUGCUGCAGGUAUCAGUCCUGGUGGUGGAGCUCCUGGACACGGGCUCAUCAGUCAUGGUCAGCCUGGAGGACGGCUGGGACGUCACCACACAGGUGGUGUCCCUGGUGCAGCUGCUGUCUGAUCCCUACUACAGAACCUUCGACGGUUUCCGGCUGCUGGUGGAGAAGGAGUGGCUGUCGUUUGGCCACAGGUUCAGCCACAGAGGAGCUCAGACUCUGGGCAGCCAGAGCAGCGGCUUCACGCCGGUCUUCCUGCAGUUCCUUGACUGUGUGCACCAGAUUCACCUCCAGUUCCCCAUGGAGUUUGAGUUCAGUCAGUACUACUUGAAGUUCUUGGCCUACCACUACGUGUCCAACCGCUUCCGCACCUUCCUGCUUGACUCCGACUAUGAACGCAUCGAGCUGGGAGUCCUUUAUGAGGAGAAAGGUGAGAGGAGAAGCCCUCAGGUGUGUAAAUCUGUGUGGGAUUACAUCGACAGACUCAACAAGAAAACACCCAUCUUCUACAACUACAUGUUCUCUCCUGAGGAUGAAGAGGUGCUGCGGCCGUACACCUUCAUCUCUAACCUAAAGGUGUGGGACUUCUACGUGGAGGAGAGACUGUCGGAGGGGCCGUCCUACGACUGGGAGGCGAGAGGUCAUGAGCGCGUGGCAGAGGAUACACCGGAUAAACCUGACAGCAGUGGGCCUAAGUCGCAGCGGCGAGUCGUCUGGCCGUGUUACGACAACCUGAGCAAGGUGGUGCCAGACGCCAUCACCAAGCUGCUGCAGGAUAUGCAGAGUCUGGAGGCGGAGCUUGGUCAGACGCCAGAGAAGUGGAAGGAUACAUGGGAUAAAAUGAAAACCACACAGAGAACUGAGACCAAACUGGAGAGCAAGCCGUCGUUCUCCAGCUCCCUGCUGAUGUCGUCCAACCUGAGCCACCAGCGGCGUUCUCAGGGCGUCUACCUGCAGGAGAGUGGUGUGGGGUCCUCCAUCAACCUGGGUCUGGACUGUGAGGCCAGUGCCACCUCCACACCAGUUCCUGGUCGUCCAAGCACCAGCACCCUCUACAGCCAGUUUCAGAGCACGGAGAGUGAGAACAGGAGUUUCGAAGGCAUCCUGUACAAGAAAGGAGCGUUGUUGAAACCAUGGAAACCACGGUGGUUUGUCCUGGACAAGACCAAACAUCAGCUGAGAUACUACGAGAGCAGGCAGGAUAAGGAGUGUAAAGGUGUGAUCGAGCUGGCCGACGUGGAGUCCGUCACUCCAGGAACACCCACCAUGGGAGCGCCGAAAAACAUCGAAGAGAAAGCCUUCUUUGACCUGAAGACGACCAAACGAGUGUAUAACUUCUGUGCGCAGGACAGUCUGAAUGCACAGCUGUGGAUGGACAGUGUUCAGAGCUGCUUGUCAGACGCCUAGAUUAGAGGCUGGACUCUAAAAUGGAGCCAUGCAACCAGGAACGACUGAGCAACUGAGAGACAGAUGAUCCCGGUGAAACAGGAAAGGGCAAAAGGGGGGGGGGGGGCCUCUUUCAUCACUUCAGCUCUGUUCUGUUUGCUAGUGUUGAACUAAUAACCUUGCGUCACAACGUUUCAGUGUUUUUGUUAUAAAAAAAAUUAGAAAAAGGACCAAAAAAAAAAAAAAAGACACCCAGAAGAAGAACCACUCGCUGUUGUCUCAACAAAGUAGCUUCAGCCUCACACCCCUGACCGUCUGACCACUAUGUUCGCUGGAUGUGUGUGUAUGCAAAGAAGCCAUGCGUAAUUUAAGCAGGUUUGUGUGAGGCGCCCUGCAGCUUGGAGCAGCAUGAAGAUGAAUCCAGACCCUCCACCUUUAAACCACAACGUGUUCUCCUUCCUACUAACCACACUCACCCUUUAACAAACACACUCCAGGGGGAGGAAUGACGGCCAUGCGCGCGCGCACACACACACACACACACACACACACACAGAGAAAGCUGGUGUGACUCGUCUGGAGACGUGUCAGAAGGAUUGACUGAAGGGUUGACGGACCAAAGUAACCCAGAGAAGCAAAACAUGGUGGCAGAAAACCUUCUUUCCUCCAGUCCUCCGAGGUUUCUGCUCUCUGUCUCUCUCUCCUCACUGCCUCGUGUGGUCAGAAGCUGCAGUGAAGUGGACGGUGAUGAUGACGACGACGACGAUGCUGCAGCUGCGAGGAGAAGAGGGCGACUCCUCCACGGAUCAUGAAGGAUUUCCCUUUAUUUUUUUUAUUUUUAUUUUUUUUUCCUUUCUAAAUUUCCAAAUUUGUACCAGACGGACGGACGUCGCUGCCGCGGUCACUGCCGCGGUCAGCAGACGAUGAAGAUAUACUGUGAAAGCCAUGAAUCAGUCGUAGAGAUCAAAACCAGUAGAGCCAGUCGGAGAUUAGAAUCAUUCCGGUUUUGAGUGUGUGUCGGUGAGCGUUUUUCACUGAGAGUGUUUACAGAGUAGAUCCACCCCCCCCCCCCCACGUGUUUUCAUCAACCACUAACAGUCAGAGUUUUACACGCCGUGCAAAGAAAACUGACAUGUUUGUUUUUGUAGUGAUGUUCUUAAAACACACAAGAGAUGUGGAAGGAAGGAAAUUGGGAGGAACAAGAUGAUAAUGUGGGAUGUUCGGACACGUGCUGAUGUGAACAUUGCAGUAUUUUAUAUUUUCAAACAAGGCUCAUAAUUGUGUCCAAAAGCUACAUUUGCAUUCAGUAUCUUUUUGAUGGAAGUUUUAAUAACAAAACAACAACAGCUGCGUGACACUUCAAGAAACGGCAUCAUCGUUUGCAAAGAUGUUCAUUUCUGUACAUCCAGACUAAGACGCAGCUGUUGCAGCUUUUAAAACCUUUAAUGCUAAAAAAAAAAACCCAAACCAGAACAAACACUCUGUCAUAUCUGUCAUAAUAUACAGAUUUUUAACACCAAAACAAAACAAUUUCAAAGGAUUUCCCUCCGCAGCUUUAACAACAAGCAGUUGACUAGCUGCUCUCUGUUUAUUUACAUAAAUAACAAAUAUUUGCAUUGCAUUAGAAACAAGUAGAGGUUGACAUGUGACUGUAAGAUGACACGCCUUUUAUUUGUCUCCGGCAUGUACAGCACAAGCUCACAUGUAAACAAACAAACAGGCGGCAGUUGUGCUUUCAUAGAAGCUGAUGUCAGUGUUUGAUCUGGGAAGCUUUGGGAGAUUUACGGACAAAAAAAAUUUUUUUUCCCUACAGCAUGAAAGCAGCGAGUGCAGAGUCAAAGGUCCAGUGUGUAAUAUCUAAUAUCUAAUAUCACGCCGGACUGUGCGUGUCUCACGUUUUAAACCAAACUAAAGGUGCGUUCCAUUUGGUCAUUUUCCCCUUCACCUUGCAUUUACAAUUUAGCUCUCGACGUUAUAUUCCAAGAUGGCUACCUCUCAUACAAACACUGCCAUCUUUACUGUCAUUUGUACCUGUUUUUUAAGUUUUUCCCGACUUCCCAACAGGAACGCUACUCACUCCCAGUUUGACUUCCGAUAUAAAUGGAACACACAAUUACUAUACAAACGAAAGAGAAUGUCUCCGCCCACAUAAUAUUGAUACAUAAGCUAAUGAAGAAGGAAGACGAAAUGUGUUUACAUCUUUUUUGGUAUAUGAAGGAUGAGUGAAUGAGUGAGUGUUUGAUUGCAAUCUGCAGUCUCACCACUAGAUGCCACUAAUUCUUACACACUGGACCUUAAACAUUACUCAGAGCCACUGGACACAAAUAUGGGAAGAACCAAUUUAAAAAAAAAAAAAUAAAAUAAAAUACUGUAAUCUUCCUUUAAUAACGCGGGAACAGAGAGUGGAGUGUCAGUCAGGAACGCGGCGCAGCAUUGGUUCAAUUUAGCACCCGUUAGCUGCAGUGCUGGAACUUUGUACAUAUAGAGGAGUUUACAUCAGUUAGUUAGUAAACAAACAGUAGCUGAGCGACUUUAAACGUCAACUCUUUUUAUUUGAUUAAAUAUUUUUAUAUUUUGUCCUCCACAGACACACACACACACACAGCACUCAGCAGCCACAGUCCCUGCUCUGUAAAAUAUGGUUCUACUGCAGUUUUGUUGAACAUAAAAUUUGAAAUUGUAGAUUUUUUUUUUCUUCUUCUUUUUGCGUGUCUAAUAACUCCUUUGUAUAUACUACUCCAGAUUUGUAUGUAACGUUUAUGGUAGUAAUUUAUUUAACUUGUCUCCUCAGUAAGAAAGUUCCUCAAGCACCACUUUAUUUUUAAAUUAGGAAUUCAAUGUGCCAUUUGUUUAUUUCUGUAUUAAUGUGACUAAUGUUUGUUUGUUUUAUGUUUCCCCCCCUCAAUGUAUUUUUUUCUUUUUUCUUUUUUUAAACACGGUUGUUUUUACUCGGUAGCAAAAGCGUAAACGCAGGAGUGGAGCUGGUGUGUUCAAGCCUCUGAGGUGCUUUCAAAGGCUUUUGGAUUUUACUGUGUUGGUCACCCACAGUGUUGGGAUCUGUGGAUGUAAAUUACAGUUGAAUAAAUGUGAACAGACAAAGUCUGCGACCUGAUCUGCUGUUAGAUUAAAGCUACGCUAGGUGGGAUUUUAUUGAACGCUAGUAAUCAACAACAACGCAGGAAGGCGUCAAAUGAGGCUUUGACCAAUCACGGAGGAGUUCAGAGUGAGCAAGCUCUCCUAGUGGCUGCUCUGCAGUAGAGCUGUCACUUUUGAUCCAAAAUGAAGAUAUUAAUUCAAAUAAGUGGUCAAAUCUAAAAUUAGGACAUUUAAACACCUGUUAGAGUUAAAACACUCCCACACUUCGUCACAUGACUCAUUUUGCUCACUUGUCAUCAGCAACCAGAGUUCUGUAGUGUGUGAUGUAAUCAUCAUUCUUCACUUUAGGAAAAAGUGACAGCUCUACCCGGCAAACAGUUCCUUUACAGCAAUCAGAUAAAUAAAUAAAACACAAUAAAAGUAAUGAGUAAUUAGGGAGGAAAUGGUUAAAUUCCUUCACUAUAUUGAGUAAAUGUAAACAUUUAGGAUGAUUUAAUAACUAUAAUGGCUCCCUUCCUCAUUAUUCCAUGUUUAAAGUGCCUGCAUCAUCUUCUUUUUGAAGUGCACUAAUUUCCAAGAGUACCUGAUGCAUCUUUUUCUUUUGUUUAAAGGUCCAGUGUGUAACAUUUAAAAUGGUUUAUUGGCAGAUUAAAUGUACUACUCAUAAUAAUAAUAUAAUUGUUUUAACUUAGGAAUCUUAAGAAUUUUGUUUUCAUAGUCUAAGAAUCAAACUUUUAUAUGUACUUCAGGUGAGGGUCUUGGUCCAAGCGGGCUGAAUGGAUUCCUGUUUUAAAUUGGCAAGUGAGGGCCACCGUAGUUCCUGGAUGCAUGAGUGGAUGAGUCCUCAGUUCCAAUCUGCAGUCUCACCAGUAGAUGUCACUAGCUCUUACAUACUGGACCUUUAAAUAAAUGCACGUCUAACUUUCUUAAAUACAGGAAGGUAGAAAUUUCAGGGACAAAUUACAUUUUAUUAAAUCAACAAUGACUGUUUUUGUCUCUGUGGACCUUUAGUCAAGAGACUUUUUCACACGUUUGAAAUUUAGAUUUUGACAGAGGCCAAAAUGAUGAUUGUGGAAUUAGUUCAUUGUGAUUGUGAGGAAAGAGCCGUGUGCGAGACAUUCCUAGGACAGGUUUCAGCAGAGCGAGUGGUCGUCUUUCUGUUCUUCAGUGAUCAGUUAGCUUGUUCUGUAAAAUCUUGUUUACUCCGACGUCUCAAUAAAUUCUCGUAAGACAAGGAAACAGCAAAUCCAAGUUCUCAGCUCAGUGAAAACUCACAUUAAACCUGCUUCUGUCAAUAAUGA